ACAUUCCCACCAGGAAGUCAACAUGUUUAAGACGUAUGGUGUAUUUCAAAUUUUUUUUUUUUAAAGAAUACGUUUUUGGAGUACGUCUAAAACGUUAUAAACUGAGAACACGUUGCUGUCUAUUUGUUUUUUCAAGCAUGUAUAGCGGACUUUUACCGAAAGGUCUAAGCGAUGCAGAAAUUAGUGCGGAUGACGAAGGUGACCAAAGUGUUUAUUCAAAUCAAGAAAUAUUCUCCAAAUGUCCUGCCGUUGCGCUUGCGCCUGCUACUAAGGACAAUUGUACGACAUUUGUAGACACACGUUCUUAUUGUACCCCCACCGUCAUACAAAAUGAAAUGUCUUCGGACUGCUUACCUGGGAUUUCUGAGGAGAAGUGGCAAAAAUUUAAAGAGCUAAAGAAGAAGAACGAUGAAAUCAAGUCAAACAAGUUCCCCAUAAAAAGAAGUCAGAAGAGACAUCGACAUAAGAAAGAUGAUAAAUCGAGGACGAAGAACAUGGAAUCUAAGACUGAGAGGGAACCUCAAGCAGAGCAUGAAAAGCACUGGGAUGGGCUUACGAAGUAUUUUGGCACCAAUGAUAGAUUUCAACCCCCUGCCUGUAGCAAGCCUGCUCCCAAGUCCGGCCUAGAAAAGAGCAUAGAGAACGCCAUCGCUGAAGGGGACAUUGGGAAGGCGGAGGAGAUGAGCGACAGACUCGCCAGUCGAGAGCUGGCCGUGAAAAUUACACAAGCCGCCGAUUGCCGUGACUUUGUGCAAAGCAAACAGGAAGCAGAGGCGUCACGGGCAGCCCAGAAAAGGAAAAAACAAAUCGCUUGGGGGUUUGAAGCCAAGCAACGUUGGGAGACCAAAAGCAACAUGGGAUACAUGUGAUGGGAACACUGAGGAGAAAGAAAAUGAUAAUUUGUGUAUUUCCUCAUUUAAUUUAAUGUGGUUUGUGAUUAGUCAGUUUUUUUACCGGUAACAUUUUGAGAUAAUCUCAAGAUACAGUAUACCGUUCACACAACUAUACAGCUGAAAAGUAUGUAUAAGGUGAGAAUUAUGGAAUGUUUAUAUUAAUUCUCUGAGCAAUCCAUGGUAGCUGUUUUGUUAUGGUUUCCAUUCCAUUUCUGUCAUUUGAGUAUUUCUUUGCCUUUUUCCUUCAAAUUAAAUCGGGUGUACAUU